AUGAAUCAUCAAUACGGCGAAGAUCAAGAUCGGGUAAGCGUGGCUGGUUUCGAUGUCCCCGACUCGCCCGACUCGAGCUACACUAGCGCCUCGUACCCGGGGAACGAAGACGAGGGGCGGGACCCACCGGCCUUGCCGCCCCACCUUCAGCACACCCUCUUGAACCGCCCUGUGGAUCCCGACUGGGGAUCUGCGGCCCCACAAAACGUGACAGUGAAUCACCUCUACAUAGAAAACAGGGAGACACCUAGGUCGGUUGUGGGCCUUGGGGUCACCCACCGUUUCCGUUCGAAAUACGUGACGGUCGUGCUCUACAAGCCCGUUCGAAAUACGUGA